AUGGUCGAACAAUCGUCACCAGACUCUACGAGCGGUUCAAUCUUCCUCUUUAUUCCAUAUCGGCCGGUGAGCUUGUUGUCGACCACGGUGACUCCAAUGCGCUUGAGCAACGACUUGAAACCAUUUUCAAGAUUGCCACACUUCGAAGCCGUGCUCCUCUUGGACGAGGCAGAUGCAUUCAUGGAGCAGCGUACCUCCUACCACGAUACCCACAAUCGCCUCGUGGCCGUUUUCCUCCGGAGAAUAGAAUACUACCAGGGCCUCAUGUUCCUCACAACAAGUAGGAAGAUCCAGCUUAAUGAGUCAAUCAUAAGCCGCAUCCAUCUGACCAUCAAAUAUGAGGAUCUGACAACGGAGUUCCGCAGAGAGAUUUGGAGGACUUAUUUGUCCAAAGCCAACACGGUUCAAGGACCUGCAAUAGUUGGGCCCAACGAGUUGCAAUUUCUGGACAAUCUUUCUUUGAAUGGGCGAGAGAUCAAAAACCUCACGUCAAUUGCGCAUGCUCUUGCCACAGUGGGUGAAGAACCAGUAAGCUACAAAUACCUGGAAAUGGCUGCGGAAUUGAGUGAAGAGUUCUCUAAGGAAUUCAGUGAGGAGAGUCAUGUUGAGAGCAUGUAUGUCUAG